AGAAUACCACUCUCCCCACUUCCCUUCAAGGGUGGUUUAAGGAGCAGCCUCCAGUAGACUUCGUCCAUCGCCAGGGUGUCGUGAGAAUUCUGCAAAACCGGCAGAGGGCCAACAAGGGCGCCCUACCCAUGAGCGAAUUGGAAAACGAGUUCAAGGAGCUGUGGAAGGUGCCAUUCAAUGUGAAGCAGGCCAACGAAAACGAUCCAGUCGAGUUCUUGCGAAAGUGGCCCAGCAAGGUGGAAAUCGUUCCUCAGGGAGAUUCUUUCCUGGUACAGUUAGCCAAGAAACCUGUAGCCAAGGCCGCCCCUGAGGAGCCGGCCGCCGCGGUUCCCCCCGCCGCGGUUCCACCCGCCGCGGUUCCGCCCGCCGCGGUUCCGCCCGCCGCGGAGCCAGCGGAGGCGAAGAAUGGACCGGCGAAGCCACCAGGACAAAAGCCUCCACAGAAUAUCCAAGACUUCCUGUGGAACCUGCACACCUUGCUCCACGCGCGAGGUGGGAUACCCAUCGCGCAGCUGAAGGAUGUGUAUCUUACACACUUCGGGCACAAGUGUGCCAUUGAACGCUUCCUGGUUGUGGCGGAGGGUGGGCUUUUGGCCACUUUCAAGAGGAGCCAGAUCACAUGCUGCGCCCUAGCCUUCCAGGAGGCUCCAUGGCUCCGAAAAAUGGGAAUGAACAGCAGUUCACCAACACCGUAA